AUGUUAGAAGAAUGCAUUUCAAGUAAUGAUAGAGUAAUUAUUAAUACCAAUUUUAUGAAAAUUAUAGACGUAAACGACAACAAAACAACCAUCACUGAUGGCCUGCCAAAACUACCAGCAGUACCAAACAAAGAAGCCAAACCAUCAUCAUCAUCAUCAUCACCAUCAUCACCAGCACCCCAAGAACCAGAACCGGUAACGGGAGAGUCGGCGGUAUCUUCACCAGCACCUCCAGUUCGUAAUUGGGCUUCAUUCUUACAAGCUAACGCCCCACCACCACAACCAACUCCAAAGAAAACAGUUAAGCCAAAACCAGCCUCCCAGACUCCUAUCCAACCAACACCUGUAUCAAGAUCAAUAACACCAGUAGCACCAUUUAAUAUCAAUAACGAGUCUUCACAGCCAUUAGGAAUAUUAUUGCUUAGGAUUAUGUUUGACAGUAACUACUCUGUCUUUAAUUCAUUGGCAACAUUUGAUGUUAAACCUCGAGGAUUGACAAAUUCUGGGAACAUCUGUUACAUGAAUUCCAUAUUACAAAUUUUGCUUUAUUGUGAGCCAUUUAAUAGAUUGUUAAAACUUAUAGAGACGAAGUCGAUUGGAAGUUUGGGAGUCUCUCCAACACCAUUACUUGAUGCCACCAUCACUUUUUUCAACCAAUUUCAAGAAGAUUCCAAGGCACCAGUAUCACCAGAAGAUUUUUAUUCAUCCUUGACUAAGCAAGAUAAAUUUUCUCAUUUGAAAUGGGGUCAACAGGAAGAUGCUGAAGAGUUUUUGGGAUACUACAUUGAUGGUUUGAAUGAUGAGAUGUUGAACGAAAUCAAACUGGUGAGCACAAGUCAAGUUGAUAAAUUAAUACAAACAUAUUCUCAAGAACAUGACAGUGAGUCGUCAGCCAAGUUCAAGUACAAUAUCAAAUCCACAAUAAGAAGAAUCAAGAAUGAAGAAGAAGAAGAAGAUGGGGAGUGGAGUCAGGUCAAUAACAAGAAAAACAGUACUACAACCAAAAUAGAGGUUGAUCCAACACCUCUUAAUAUGAUUUUUGGUGGACAAUUCAAAUCAGUGGUGACAAUACCCAAGCAAUCGUCAUCCUUCCAAAGAUCCAUUACCUUGGACCCCUUCCAACACGUACAGUUGGAUAUUUCCGCUGUCGAUACUAUUGAAGAUGCAUUCAAACACUUGAAUGAGCUCGAGAAUAUUAGUUACACAAAUAAUAACAAAGAGAUACAGGUUAAAAAACAAACAUUUAUUGAGAAAUUGCCAAAUGUUUUGAUAAUACACUUGAAGCGAUUUAGCUACCUAAAAGACCAAGAGAUUGGUGUUGAAAAAUUAAGAAAGAAGAUAGACUACAGUCAUGAUUUAAUAAUACCCAAAGAAGUAUUGGCCACUGAACCAAGCACGCCGAUCAAAUAUCAGUUACUGGCUGUUGUCUACCAUCAUGGUAGCAGUGCGGACGCUGGUCAUUACACAAGUGAUAUACAUAAUGCAGGUGUAUGGUGGAGAAUUGAUGAUACUUUUGUCAAACAAAUCAAGAACGAAGAGGUGUUGAAUGCUGGAACAGAAGAGAAUAUAAAGAAUGCAUACAUUCUAUUAUAUUCAAGGAUUUAG